GAGAGCCCUCUACAGAGCCGUCAUGCAGGAGAACUAUGACACUGUGACCUCGCUGGGUGACGGGAUGGUGAGUGAGAACACGGAGCCGAUGUCUCAGCAGGAAGAGGCUGAGGGAGUGGAAGCACAUAGGGGAUUAUCGCAAAGAUCUAAAAGGAAUGCGUCCAUGUGUCGUGAGCAGGGAAAAGCCUGUGAGAGUCAGCGCAGGCCAGGGAUGCAACAGGGCAACCAGUCAGGGGAGAAAGCUGGUGAAUCUAUUAAUUGUGAGGGAAUGCACAAGGACCUCAAGAAAUCCACAGCCCAGCAGAGAACCCUCAUGGGAGAUAGAAACAACACAUUUACUGAGCGUGGGGAAAACUUCAGUAACCGCUCUGUCCUUAUUACCCAUGAGAGAAUCCUCGCGAAAGAGAGACUCUAUGAAUGCAGUGAGUGCAGGAAAACCUUCACUCGGAGCUCACACCUUAUUAGACAUCAGAGAAACCAUACGGGAGAGAAGCCCUAUGAGUGCUGUGAGUGUGGGAAAAGCUUCAGUCAGAGUUCAGACCUUAUCAGACACCAGCGAAGUCAUGUGGGAGAGAGACCGUACGAAUGCUGUGACUGCGGGAAAAACUUUAUUUACCGCUCAGACCUUAUUAGACACCAGAGAAUCCACACUGGACUGAGACCCUACGAAUGUGGUGAGUGUGGGAAAAACUUCAGUGACCGCUCAGACCUUCUUACGCACCAGAGAAUCCACACAGGAGAGAGACCCUAUGAGUGCUGUGAGUGCGGGAAAACCUUCACUCGGUGUUCACACCUUGUUAGGCAUCAGAGAAGCCACACAGGGGAGAAACCCUAUGAAUGCUGUGAGUGCGGGAAAAGCUUUGCUGACAGCUCAGCCCUUAUUAAUCAUCAGAGAAUCCACACGGGAGAGAGACCCUAUGAAUGCAGUGAGUGCGGGAAAACCUUCAUUGACAGCUCAGCCUUUAGUAAACAUCAGAGGAUCCACAAAAAAGAGAGACCCUAUGAGUGCUGUGAGUGUGGGAAAAGCUUCAAUGUGAGCUCAGCCCUGGUUAGACAUCAGAGGAUCCACACAGGAGAAAGACCCUAUAGAUGCUCCGAGUGUGGGAAAAGCUUCCAUCAGAGGUCACACCUCAUUUAUCAUCAGAGAAUCUGCAAAGGAGAUCAACAACAUACAGAUCUUAGAGCCGUCAUGCAGGAGAACUAUGAGAAUGUGACCUCGCUGGGCUUUCCAGUUUCCAAACCUGAUGUGAUCUCCCAGCUGGAACAAGGGGCAGAGCCGUGGGUCCCAGACCUCCAGGGUUCAGGGGAAAGAGAGAUCCUGAGAGGUCCCUGCACAGCAGGUGAUGCGAUGGUGAGUGAGAAUGAGGAGCAGAAUUCUCCGCAGAAAGAUGCUGAGCAAGUGGAACCACACAGAGCAUUAACGCAAACAUCCGAAGGGAAUGUCUCCAGGAGUCAUGAGCAGGGAAUAGCCUGUGAGAUUCAGCAGACACCAGAGAGAGAGCAGGGAAACCAGCCAGGGGAGAAAUUGGAUAAAUUCAUUUGCUCUCGGGGAACUCACAAGGACCUCAAGGAAACCACAGCCCAGCAGAAAAUCCUCAGGGGUCAGAGAAAAAAUACAUCCACUGAGUGUGGGAAAAGCUUUAGGGACCACUCAGUCCUUCUUGCACAUCAGAGAAUACACAGAGGAGACAGACCCUAUGUAUGCUGUGAGUGCGGGAAAACCUUCAUUCGGCGCGCUCACCUUCUUACACAUCAGAGAAUCCACACAGGUGAGAAACGCUAUGCAUGCUGUGAGUGCAGGAAAAGCUUCACUGAUCUCUCAUCCCUUAUCUCUCAUCAGAGAGUCCACACGGGAGAGAAACCCUAUGAAUGCUGGGAGUGCGGGAAAAGCUUCUCUCAGAGCUCAACCCUCAUUACACAUCACAGAAUUCACACAGGACAAAGACCCUACGAAUGCUGUGAGUGCGGAAAAACCUUCACUCAGAGCUCACACCUUACUAUACAUCAGAAAAUCCACACAGGAGAGAAACCCUAUGUAUGUUGUGAGUGUAGGAAAAGCUUCACUCUGAGGUCGCACCUCAUUCGGCAUCAGAGAAUCCACACAGGAGAGAAACCCUUUGAAUGCUGUGAGUGUGGGAAAAACUUCACUCUGAGCUCAGACCUUACUACGCAUCAGAGAAUCCAUACGGGAGAGAGACCUUAUGCAUGCUGUGAGUGCGGGAAAAGCUUCACUCGGAGUUCAGCCCUGACUAGACAUCACAGAAUCCACACGGGAGAGAGACCCUAUGAAUGCUGUGAGUGCGGGAAAAGCUUCACUCGGAGCUCAGCCCUUACUAGACAUCACAGAAUCUGCAAGGGAAGAAAAACUACAUGUCCUGAGUGUGGGAAAUACUUUAGUCACUGCUCAUCCCUUAUUAGACAUCAGAGAAUACACACAGGGGAAAGACCCUAUGAAUGCUGUGAGUGCGGGAAAAGCUUCACUAACAACUCAAGCCUUAUUACGCAUCAGAGAAUCCACACAGGGGAAAGACCCUAUGAAUGCAGGGAGUGUGGAAAAAGCUUCACUGACAGCUCACACCUUACUAAACAUCACAAAGUCCACACUGGGCAGGGACUCUAUGAAUGCGGUGAAUGUGGAAAAAGCUUCACGGAUAGCUCAGCCCUUCUUAAACAUCACAGAAUCCACACGGGAGAGAGACCCUACGUAUGCUGUGAGUGUCGGAAAGCCUUCAGUCAGAGCUUUGAGCUUACUAGACAUCAGAGAAUCCACACGGGGGAGAGACCUUAUGGAUGCUGUGAGUGCGGGAAAAGCUUCAUUCAGCAUUCACACCUCAUUAGGCAUCAGAGAAACCACACAGGUGAGAGACCCUAUAAAUGCGGUGAGUGCGGGAAAAGCUUCACUCAGAGCUCAGACCUCAUUAUACAUCAAAGAAUGCACACGGGGGAGAGACCUUACGUAUGCUCUGAGUGCGGGAAAACCUUCAUUCAGCAUUCACACCUCAUUAGACAUCAGAGAAACCACACGGGUGAGAAACCCUAUGAGUGCUGUGAGUGUGAGAAGACCUUCAUUCAGCUGUCAGAACUUACUCGACAUGAAAGAAUCCACACAGGAGAGAAGCCCUAUGAAUGCCGUGAGUGUGGGACAAGGUUCACUCAGAGCUCAUCCCUUAAAUAUCAUCAGAGAAUCUGCAAGGGAGAGAAACACCAUAAAAACCUCACAGGCUAGCCAGACAUUUUUUUCUUUAAUACUUUUGCUAAUUUCCAUAUAGUAACCUUUAAGUCUGUUUGAACCGUUUGCAGCACCAUUAUCCCUCAGCUUGUCCAGAAGAGUUGCCCAUUUUUGCCUUUUGCAUUUCGCCCUGUUUUGGAGUGGACCCGGUUGUCCUUGCUAUCAACUCCAUUGUCCCAGGAGUAAUGGGAGUGCGUCCCUUCUUCCAGGAAACAAGGAGCAUCACAUUUAUACUGUUCCUCCUAUUGUAAAGUUAUUAUUAGGGUCAUCCAUGAUACAGAUUGUUUCAUUCUCAGUUGUUCUCACGUUGCUCUGGGUUGUGCUGAAGAGCCGUUAUUUUUGGACCUUUUCCCCCCGUUAUAUUUAAAUGUAUUUUAAAUGAAGAGGAGCAGUGGCAGGGAAAAACGUGUCAUUUCAGCCUCGGUGACACUGGAAGGAGAUGGGGUGACUCACAGAGAUUCCUUCCUUCCCCAUCACUGCAGAACUGUUACCUCCUGUCUGAGCCAGGCAGAGUUUAUCUUCAUCACAUUCUGUCCCUCUACUUCUCAGUGUCAUGUGGUGCAGUGUUCUCAGUUGUCUGUGUUUGGAGAUGACGCUUUGACUUCUUUAAUCCUAUAGCAGAGUCACUAUGACUGGAGAUGAAAAUGUCAAAGACCUGGAAGGGGAAUUCAAAUGGAUCCCAAACACAAUGGGAUUAUUUGCAGUUUAAAUCCCAGUUUCCAACUAUUGGCCAAGCCACUUGGGGGAAGGUUGGCUGUAUUUUCCUCCAUUAUGACGAUACUAAAAUGCUAAAACUUUUCUAAAUUACAUAACUCGACAGUGCUGAAUGAAGCAGGUUUGAAUGGAUCAGAGGAGAAUGUGGUGGGAGAAUCUCUUGUCCCAAUUCUGAGUUAUUAGAUGUAACCUGCUCUGGAAUUUCACUCAACACUUUCAUUGUCAUGUAUUCUGUCUCUCUGUGAUGUGGGUUUCUAUCUUUCCUGAAAAGUUGUUUGGUCGCCCAAUUGGAUAUUAGUUUACUUUGAUGAGACGUAGCUCAGAUUUAUUGGAGACUUUGAGACAAAUGACCAUUUGCUAAAGUCAUUACUUCUCACUUCAGCGUUGCUUUUUCCCCACCCCUCCAUGAUGACGUGGAGAAAGUUCAAGUGCAGUUCAGUCAACAGGAGAGAACUCUCCAAUUUACUGGACACGCUAACAAAGAAGCAGCAGUGAUUUUAAAUCUCCACUGGGAAAUGGUGAACAACAGCAGAACCCCAACUAACUGAAGCAAGUGCAGAUGACCACAGUGGAGUUCAAUUGUUUAAGCCAGUGGUUCUCAAACUUCAUUGCACCGUGACCCCCGUCUGACAACAAAAAUUAAUCCAUGACAUGCUCCUCCCCCUGAUGGACGCUGAAGCCCAGGGCGGCAGGACAGUAGCCCGAGCUCUGCUCUGCAGAGUGGAUGAAGCCACACCCGAGUCCUGCCGUGUGUGUGUGUGUGUUGGGGGAGGAAUGAAGCUGCACCCCAAGUCCUGCCAUAUGGGGGGGCUGAAGAUGCAGAAUAGCUGCAGAAAAAUAUCUAUUUUUGAAUAGAAACUCCACCUCUGGUAACUUACCAAGAUUCUUGUCCAGGCCUUUAGCUAGUUCCUAAGUUAAAGAAACACUGGGCAUGUUUGGGGAAGCCGUUCCGCACUAGCACUGCUGAGAUUUUUGAGUGGUUUGGUAAAGGGUUCUACUUCCGAGAAGUGUAAAUGUACCCUAGCCAAGGCCAAUGAUUCGGG